UCACAGUCCCAUGAUGCAUCACGCUGCCUUACAACCGAAGUCGCAUAAUAUUGCCUGACACUAGCUGUGUGUGUUUUAUUUUUUACCCACUCACUGUUUGUUACCCUGUCUUUCUCGACUCUCAGGUUGAGAGUCGGCUAGAUAAAAAUGUUAGCGAGCUAGCUGUCGUUAUAUGCAUACAUUUAUUCCUGAUUGGUUGUAGAACAGUGGAAUGUGAAGUCCGGCUGCUGUCACACAAGCCUUCAGCCUGUGCUGUGGAGUGAGAAGAUUGGGGAGAAUUUCGGCCUCUAACUCUCUGCUAGCUGACGUUAGCUGAAAAACCUCAGUUCAUUCUGGGAAAUCCCUACAUUUAUGUCUGUACAGCGCAAAACAUUUGGUCGAGUGUCAUGCAUGAUUGAGGGAAAGGUGAAGGAGGUGAAAUGCUUUCCACUCAUACACCAGAGAGCGGGCCAGAGCAGAAAGAAGUCAAACAGUGGAUAAAGGGGAAGUUGGCGUUGUCACUCAAAGCUCUGCAGAAACGCUACGUGACUACGGAUGCCGUGGUGACCAGUGAAGAUGGUGAUGCCAACCUCCUCUGCUGUGCCCUGGAAGCUGUCUUCAUCCAUGGCAUCAAGAGCAAGCACAUCCGGGUGGAGGUUGGAGGGCGGGGCCGGAAGGCAGGGCCACGGGGUCCCCUUCCCCAGCCGGUCUUCUGGGCCCUGCUGAAGACGGUCACUCACCGAGACGUGGUGACGGAGCUGGAGAGGCUGAGCUUCAUCAGCACGGACGUGGGCCGCUGCCGGUCCUGGGUGCGGCUGGCGCUUAACGAUGGCCUGGUGGAGUGCUACCUGACGUCCCUGCUGCGGGAGGGCUCCAAGCUGGCGGGAUACUACCAGCCAACGGCCCUGCUGCUGGACCCGGAGGAGCGGGAGGUGCUGCUCAGCUACCUGCAGGGCCUGACCUCCCUCACCUUCCAGCUCUCCUACAAGUCGGCGGUGCUGAACGAGUGGACCGUGACGCCGCUGGCGCUGGCCGGCCUCUGCCCCGCCGCCGACUCCCUGGAUCUCCCCGCUGUGCCCUCCCGGACAGAUGCACCCAAGCGCAAGGAGUCCUGGGACACGACAUCGCAGUCCUCCGGUGGCUCAGACACCAUUGAGGUGCAGCGGGGACCAGGGCACAGCCAUGGGGCAGGUGGGAGGGCACAGCUGACCUCCUCUAACCUUAGCCUGGACACCACAGGCUCCUCCCAGCUAUCGUCCAGCCUGAGUUCCGACAGCUUGCUGCAGGGCAACGGACACAAGAGCCCCGACAAAGAGCCCUGGCCCUGUGACCUAGAUGUGACUGCCGUCACUGAGGAGGAGUCUAAAAAGGCCUUGCAGGACAUGCUGGCAGAUUUUGGGGAGAGCACCCAGUCCAGCCAGGACUCCAUGCGUGAUGACUCCUACGUGUCCAGCCUAGCCCCAGACCACCUGUCGGAGACGGCGGCGUCCAGCGGCUCAGACAGCGAGGCGCAUUGUCCCCUCACCCCCAUCAUGGAUGCCCCUGAGCCCUGUGACCCCGCCUCUCCUGCCCCGAAGGAAGAGGAGGAGGAGGAGGAGGCGGCAAAUGCAGAGACCGUCAUCCCUACCGAACCCCCCGAGACUGCGGAGAGGCCGGCGUCCCUGCGCCUGCCCGUCGCCGAGGCAGCCCCGUGUGCCCCCCUCUCGGAGGCCGUGGAAUGCACUGCGGAGCCUCCGCAACCGCGGCGGUCAGACAGCGUCCUGAGCAGGAGGACGUCCGCCGACUCCCUGCAUUCCCCGACCACUGGCUUCCCCAAGUGCAGGUCCUGGAUCUCGGAGGAUGACUUCUACAAGCCUCACACAGAGGAGACCUCUGAGGCAGAGGAGGCACUGUGUUCCAGCGCUGCCCAUGGGAAUGGAGCGGCCUCCCCUGCUACAGAGCCCGAGUCCCUGCAGUCUCCUCCCAGCGUAGUACACCGCAGGCAGAUUGGCCUGACGAACCCUUUCCGUGGGCUCCUGAAGCUGGGCCAUCUGGAGCGGCGGGGGGCGAUGGGCAUGUGGCGGGAGUACUACUGCGAGCUCUCGCCCUUCGAGUUCCGCCUCUACCUGAACGCGGACGAGCGCGCCUGCUGCGACAACUGCUCGCUGCUGCGCUGCGAGGGCGUGCGGCCGGCCGCCGACGGCCGCUUCGAGCUGGCCUUCCCGGGGAAGCGGCUCUGCCUGCGGGCUCCGUCCCAGGACGAGGCCGAGGACUGGGUGGACCGCGUCGUCGAGGCCGUCAACAAGUGCCGGCCGGCCCAGCGGGACGAGCAGUGGGAGGUGCUGCAGGCCUCGGACGGGGGCGAGACCGACGCCCCGUCCUCCACGUCCUCCCCCUCGGCCCCGGCCACCCCCGAGCACGGGGGCCCCGAGCAGGGGGCGCGGCCCGAGCUGGACUGGACGCGGCCCGCCGAGCCCGAGCCAGAUGCCAUCAAGGAGGCGGUGCUCUACCUCUCCCAGGACGAGCGGGCCUGGACCCCGCUGGUUUUUUCUCUGUCCCUGGAGGCGCUGAAGGGCUUCCACAUGCAGGACGGGAGGAAGGUGCUCCGGUUCACCCACCCCAUCGAAAACGUCCGGGACGUGGUGCCGGACGCCUCGCUGGGUGGCCCGGCCUUCUUCAAGGUGCUGACGGCGCGGGACACGCUGAAGCUGCAGGCGGAGAGCGGGGAGGAGGCGCGCUCCUGGAGGGGGCUCAUCCGCGGGGCGCUCAACUCCUACCUGGACUCAUGCGAGGACGGCGGCGCGGUGACGGUCGCCCAGGGCAACAUCCACAGGCUGGUGCAGCACAGUCUGAAGGGUGACGCCGUGCUGCUGCCCCACCUCUGCGCCCUGCCCACCGAGAAAGGGCUGGAUGCGCAGAACUUCAAAUGCGCAGGGUGUCCCCGGCAGAUAGGUUUUUCCUUGGGGAGGGCCAGGUUGUGUGAGUUCUCUGGGCAAUUUUACUGCGAUUCCUGUCACCACGGCGACACUAUCAUCAUCCCCUCCCGCAUGGUGCACAACUGGGACCUCACCCCCCGAGAGGUCUCGCGGCCCGCGCUCAAGCUGCUGGUCCAGGUGGCCCGGGAGCCGCUGCUGAACCUGGACUUACUGAACCCGGGCCUGUGCGACCACGCCGAGCCCAUGGCGCUGGCCCAUAGUCUCCGCCAGAGGCUGCGGCUGCUGGGCGAUUAUCUGCUGACCUGCCGCAGUGGUGUCAGCAAGAAAAUCCAGGCCAAGCUUGACCAGAGGAAUUAUUUGCUGGAAUCCUCCAACCUGUUCAGUGUGAUGGAUUUACGAGAGAUUGCUGACGGGCAGUACGAGGCCUUCAUGCAGUCGCUGAUCCAGUUUGCAUCCAACCACGUCUACCACUGUGACCUCUGCACACAGAGGGGCUUCAUCUGCCAGAUCUGCAAUGCCAAUGGCAUCAUCUUCCCUUUCGAAUUCGAGACCACCACCAGGUGUAAAGUGUGCAAGACAGUUUUCCACUCCACUUGCAAAGCGCAGUCACCCUCUUGCCCCCGCUGUCAGCGCCUCCAGAAGUACCUGGAGCGGGAGCAGCAAGAGUGAUGCUGUGCACUACGUGGCCCGCAAUGCCCUAUCAGUCCCCUGUCGGUCCCUGGUCACCCCCCCACCCGCCCUCAAGGUGCACAACUUCCGCGAGGACACCAGGGGGUGGGACAAGCUGCCUCCAGUCGGGGACAGUAGCAUCUCCACAGCGAACCAGCCUCCACAAGUGCAAUUAUGUACUCCAUGCGUGACCGCACACCUCGGCGAAACAAACACUGUAAACGGAUAGUGCGGGAGCUUACAUCCUCUUGCCGCACCUAAUCCAAUGGCCGUUGACCAGUGGACAUGGUCGGGUUUUGCAGAGAGAUGGCAGAAUGCGCACACUCCAGUGGCUUUCUCCUCUGAGCCAGCAGACACGCACAGCCCCCACGGGCUGUCUGUUGUUUCAGGAAAGAAGAGAGAGUCCUUAAUCUUGCCUUUCCUCAAGCUACAGCUGCAAGACGGCAUGGCUCUGCCUUCAUCUGUGAAAGCGUCAGGAGAUCCAGCACUUGCUUCAUGGGCUAUGCUGAUUGUCCACUGUCAACGAGAGCAUCGACCAACCAGUCUAACUCAUUUAGAAGUAGCUUCCAGCCAACAUAAACAAUAUCUAUAUGUGAACAUUAUGCAGAUCAUACCAUGAUUAAGGAAUAUUUACAGGAUAGCAUCCAUGUCUUUGACAGGAGAACUGUAGGAGGUGAAGAGCUUUAUCUAAGGUGGCCUAUGAGUCACCAUCAUCUUUGACUUGCUGCUGGCCCGAUCACCCCCAGCCUUCCUCUUCCAAGUGAAGGAAUGAGUCAAGUGAAGGAAUACAGUUCCGUCUCAAAAUCCCAAAUUUCAAGUGAGUUUCAUAGGCUAACAUCUUCAUUUCUUGGUGGCAUGCAGAUGUUAGUCAUUGGUGUUUACAGGAAAACGCAAACACUUCCUGUUUUAAAGGGUUGUUUACGAAAACGAGGCCCUGAUUUAAUGCAAAUGCAGUGCACUUUGUCCUCAGACAUCUGCUGAACUCAUGUGAUGUAAGGAGAAGAAAAAGAAGAAUGUUACACUGACUUCAUUAAUUAAAAAUUAAGGACAAAAACGCAUUUUGGUUUGAUUGAAUCUGGGCCCAAGUCACAUCUUUUUCAGGGAUAGUCGCCUGUUCAAUACAUCUUCACCUGUAUUAUACUGAACUUGUUUCAAGUAGCUUGUGCCUUUAUCUGUUUGUGUUUUUCACUGUGUGAUAUGAUGUCUGCUGAUUGUAAAGAUGUGCAGCAUGCAACCUCACUUAACUGCUGUGCCAAAAAGAACAAAAUUAGAACAAAGCAGGAGGUGGCAUUAAACUGCUCAGUGAGAAUUGUGUCAAAGCACAUCUAAUGUAAAUGUAUGUGGCAGUAAAUGUUUGAAUCUUUGAUUGCUCAGAGGUAUUGACAGUUGGUAGUGGCAGUUAUGCAUUCCAUAUGUCUUGCACAUCAAAUGUCUUAGAGUUACCUCCAUUUUUCUUUUGUCCUAAUAGAAAUGUACAAGAAAAGCUAAAGCUUCCCUGAUUGGUCGUCUUAAAUGGGUCAUGCCAAUUUAUCCACCAAAUGGAUUGAAGAUCUGAAGGGUCCUGUUUUUAGAGUGGCCUAAUCUGCUUGGACAGCACUGAUCUCAUGAGUGAAGACGUGUGAAUAUCCACGUGAAAAUGUUUAGGUCGUAUUCAGCUAAAUUCACUAAAUCUGUUUGUGAACUGCAGAGCCUGGUGUUGUAAAAACAAUUUCCUCCAGGUGGAUCUGCUUGCAAAGAAGUGAAAGCUUAACUGCUUUAUGAAACAUUGUACGUUUAGACCCUAGGUCUAAUUGAGAGUUUCAUAAAAGCCCGCAGUUUGAACUGCUAAUAGGGUAAUAGAUAGUCUAAAAGAGUGAUUGAAGUAGCCUCUUCACUUCUGAGAGCAGCCAAAUUAUAAAUUCCCAGUCUGUUCCAUGUGGAUGUUAUGACAAAUAUAUAAGGAUAUAUAAGGAUUGACUGAGAAAACCAUAGGUGAUAUCUA